CGACGUUUGGUCGAGUAACAUUACAAAGUCCUAGCUACGCUUGCUAUACAGUAACACACGCGGGUAAGUAUAAGUGAUUUAAUGAUUUGAUGAGAUUCGCCAGGGAAUCGCCGCAGGGUAGUUAGUUAAUAUAAGUCAUACAGGGAUUUUCAAGUUCGCAGAUCGUCACAAUUAUAAAUAUUGGAUGGCGCAUUUUUGUAAGUUUACUUUAGUCCAGAUUUGAAAGCAUGCAAACCAAUAUUUCGUAUUACAGAAGUCACUAUUAAAACAUUCCACGUUUUACAUACUCUAACAAAAUAAUAAAUCUGAUAUAUGUUAAAGUUUUAGCAAAGGGAAUUACAAAUCUAAUUAAGUUUUCGUUCGUUUCACUUCUGGUUAUUCCUGAUCCAGCUAUUGUUGGUAGAGCACUCAUCAAUAUAAAUAUGGUUGUUAAUUAUCUUCAUGCCAAUAAGUUAUUGGUGCCAAUAUUCUAUAUUCAUGGUAUAUACUAAAUCAAGUUGGUGUAAUCUAGUUAUUACGAGACAUUGGUGAUAAAUCCAAAAUUUCUUUGCACCUUCUCGAUGUCCUCGAUCAACUUAAUGGACUGUGGGCACCAUUCGUGGAUGCAUAAGUGAAAGUGCUACGCAUGUGCGCCCCACGGGAUUUAACAUUACGUAAUUAGUAAUAGACCGGAGUACGUCACAUGGCGUGACAGAGCAUGCGCGGUAUGGAGAUUCGAAAAUCGUACAGAACUACGUACGUGUAUUCGCGUUGCAAACUUGCGAAAAAGUUGGCACCUUGAUUGCCUUAUGUUUGACAUGGAGGCCUGGUUACCAAUCGCGUCUCAACGUCUGUGUUAUAUGACCGUAAUUCCUCAUCAAAAUGAUGCCAUGGUGCUAGCCAGUGCGCUGAGAGACAUUCACCCCCUGAUAAUAUUCAAAAUGGCGGACCUCCACAAGCAAACUGGGUAGGACCAUGGCGUCAGCAUUUUGAUGACGAAUCAUGUGGCAGCAUCAUGUGGCAGCUGCAAUGCUGCAGGUAAUCCACAACCAAAUUUGUUAAUUGUUCUGAAUAUAGUACUAAUAUAGUGAUGGGUGUAGGAGGUAUUUGAGUAGUUGUAAUGAAAUAACUUGCGAUACUCUACCAAUAAAAAGUUAUAUUUGGCUAGGUGAUUGGCAGCUAAUGGGUUAAGGUUACUCCACAUGAUGGAAACCCAUUUCACCAAAAUGCUCACCGCGCGCUCAAUUUUCAAGUUUUCCCCUUCAAAUUUUGCAUGCAAAAUGAUAAAUCAUUGCUGUAGCUAACGAUUUGCCAAAAAUUCUACACCUUUAAAAACUGUACUUGCUACGGGUUGCUUUUGAAAAUAUGACGGCCUUUGCGCCACGAGAUUAGAACGCUCCUGAUUUACCUCAAAGGCUUCCGAAACAUAAUAUUUCCCAUCUCAAAUGAUCAAAGAACAAAACCGUGUUCGCGUUUUUUGACAGGUAUUAUAUUUGCUUUGAUAUAAAGCAGAGAAGUUGACUCAUCUAAAUUUUGGGAGAAUGGCAGAAUAGAUGCCUAUAACUUGAAAAGUAUGGCACUAAAUAAAAAAACGCGAACACGGUUUUGCUACUGUAAUAUUGUUCAACAUUGUGGCAAAGUUUGGAGGGAAUCGGAUAAAACGUGCGCGUUUCUAAACAAUUUUUGUGGGGACAAUCUGAGAAUAUUUCAAUCUCCGUAAAAGACGAUAUUAGGUUUGGCGGGGUUUUUCCGCUCUCAGUUAUCACCUCGAAGUAUAAUCGGAUUAAAAUUAGUAAAGUGUGUUUUGGCAAGGGUUUUCGGUGUCGUUCACUCAUCAUCAGUUUAUCACAAACCGUACAUGCGAGAAACCACGCGAAAAAACUUGCUAAUAUGCCGGCGAAACGCAAAUGUAAAAAAGGGAUAGCUAUACAGACCGAUCUAAAUCGGCCAAACGAAAAUACAGUUGAAGAUCUGUCGUGCACCACGAAGACACAAGCGAGGUUGAAGGUCACACAUCCGGUAUCGAGUAUCACAUCAAGCCACAUAUUGUCAAUUACAAUUACAACUUUCGCGGCAAAGGAAUCAGUGGUUAUAACAUAUUUUGUUAUAUUUCAGACGCAUUUUAAUAUUUUGGGAAAAAACUUCCGGCAAUCGAUAGAUCUUCAGUCCGUGAAUAUAAAUCAAUAAAAAUGUAAAAAAUGAUGAAAUCAGUGUUUUCAUCAUAUAAUGUAACCUUAACUACUGACAUGUAAUUUUAAUAGAUUGUUUGGCCAAGUAAAACAGUGAAUUCAAUGUUUUAAAGUUAAUAUCUCAUUUAUUUCAAAUGUCAUUUGUCAAACACUCAAACCAUGUGGAUACACCAAAUAUUGUAAACAAACCAAAUAUCGUAAACCUCCGAUUAUAAGCCCUGGAAUUAUAUAAGUUCGUAAGCUUUUGUUGAUGGGCUUAUACAUAUGGGGGGGGGGGGGGUUAUAUACAGGUGCUCACAUCAACAUAUUUAUAUGAUCUAGAAAAGAACGUCUGAUGCCUGAUAGAUCAUUGCUCCUCACACUAUAACUAUUAAAAUGUGGCAAUUGCACCAAUUCAGGCACGAUAUUGCUCAAUUGUUACCCCCAUUUAAACCAAGUGCAAUAUAUUCUAUCACUGCGGCUUGCUCUAUCAGCACAUAGUUAAUAUAGACAGCGUGAACACAAUGAUUCCCAACACCAAAAAUGCACUGUCAGAUUUAUAAAAUCAAACGCGGGCCUAUAUAAAUCGUCAAAUCUCGAGUGAGGUCGCACUGUUUCAAAGGUUGUUGCUGAUUGGUUCAUAGGUGUAAUGUGGUGCUUAAUUCAAGUGUAAGCCUAUUCAAACAUUAACUUAAUUAACACAUUAAAUAUUAAUUUAUUACUAAAAAUGGUACCAUAAUAGUGAAAACGAAUCGUCAUACAGUUUGAUAUCAACAUAAUUACAUUUAAUACACUCUGGGACAUAGUGUAUUUGACUUAUGAGUUUAAUGCAAGUGGAUGCUAUGGUCGACCUACCAAUGCAUUGAUAUUGCUGAUUUAUAAAGGUUAUUACUCUAUUAUAAAUACAUUUUACAUGUUCUGAAUCCAGUACAAAUGGAAGGCUAGUACAAGAUAUGUAUGUAUGUAUAUAUAAUACUGUAUAUAUGUAUGUAUGUAUGUAUGUAUGUAUGUAUGUAUGUAUGUAUGUAUGUAUAUAUAAUAAUAUUUGUGAUAUAUAAUGGUUGUUUUAAUAUCAAUAAUAUUGUUCUAAAAAAAUAACAUUUGCAGGAUAGUACAAGUUCAAUAUAUAUGCAGCAGUAGCAGUUGAGGUAGUGAGGCGAUGGUGCCAGUGGUGGCGGUGGUGGCAAUGGUGGAGGUGGUAGCAAGCCAAUAAUAUUUGUGAUAUAUAAUGGUUGUUUUAAUAUUAAUAAUAUUGCUCUAAAAAAAUAAAAUUUGCAGGAUAGUACAAGUUCACAGUUUGACCGGCAAAUAUCGUCGCCUGGCGGACAUGCGUGACCGGUAAAUUUUUUAAUAAAAAAUGGAGCAGAUUUUUUAUUUCCAAUUUUCCAAAGAAGCGUAUGUCCGUCUACAGUGCAGGCAAAUAAGGGUGGCGAAGUGACACAUUUUGUCAUACAUGCAGAUACGAUAUACCGCAAGCAUUGUUCUUAAGGGGCGGAUCAUUUGACUUUUGGGGGGGUUGGAAGAUUUCAAAAAAACAUUUCCUGCAAGCCAAAGAGAGGGAAAGAAAAAAUCAUGCAGCAUGCAAUCGAGAAAAAAAAAUCAUGCAAAAGAGAGCACUCAAAAAAAAUUCUUGCAUGUAAUUCUACAGGGUGUAUCAAAAAAAACUGAACAGAUUUGAAAUUGCUCUCAAUUUCGCAAAACACCUAUUUGUAUCUGGUUUUUUAUAUAUAUAGCUUCUUUGGGUACUUAUAAUGUAAAAUAAUGAAAACAAUUUCUCGAACUCAAAUUUUGUGAACCAGGGGGGUGUGUCUUUUCCAACAAACUACAAAUGGCUCGCGCACAAAAUUUAAAAGCUGUAAUCAUAUUUUGAGUUAAUAGAUUGAAAAUUUGUCGGGUUUUUAAUUACUGUACAAAAUUUCAGACAAUUUGGUUUAGUUUAUGUCAGCAAUAUGCAAAUUAGGUAUAAAUAACCUUUAACUAUUCAUUUUUUCUAAAAAGUCAGCCUUUCGCAUGCUUAAUUAAUGCCUUUAUACCUAAUUUGCAUAUUGCUGACAUAUGCAAAUUAGGCAAAUGCAUUAAUUAAGCAUGCAAAUAGCUGAUUUUUCGGGAAAAUUGUAACUUUGCGUGAAUAGUUAAAGGGCUUAAACUAAACCAAAUUGUCUGAAAUUUUGUACAGUGAUUAAAAUCCCGACAAAUUUUCUAUCUGUUAACUCAAAAUAUGAUUGCAGCUUUUAAAUUGUGUGCGCGAGCCAUUUUUAGUUUGUUGGAAAAGACACCCCCCCCCCUGGUUCACAAAAUUUGAGUUCGAGAAUUUUUUCUCAUUAUAGCAAGUUUAUACAUGCUCAUAGCAUUAUAAACUUAAGUUAAUGAAACAAGCGUUAGGACAAGAGUAAAGUUGUGCAAAGUCUCCUGGAGUACAAAGGUCUGGUACAAAGGUCAAUCUGUGAAACAUUUGAUCAUACACGUGCAAAGCGCAAGGCUGAAUUAACAACAAACCAUUGUCAAAUCUCUUCCCAUGCAUGUGCGGGAAAAUAGACCAAUCAGGUUUCACCUCUUCGUCUGAAUAGUUUCCUGCUUGGAUCAGUAAGCCUCAUUGUGUCACUUGCAAGCAAAAUUGUAUGACCUCUGCGGCAAAGUACUUCGAAAUUAUACUUUUGGAAAAGAUAUAUCGUGGAUAUAAAACAACGGUCAGUAACACAGUAUUAUUCAGUGAUACCCAGUUUAUUCAAAUAUAGCCCUACUGCGGGCUUUGGUGGACAAAGGAAUACGUUGGCUCAAGUAUUGACGUAUAUGAAAUUCAGUGAGACGCAGUUUAUCAGUAAAAUAUAACUCUGCCGCGGGCAACCGUUUUUACUCUUUUGGUGGACAAAGGAAUACCUUGGCUGAUGUAUUGAUGUAUGACUCAGAGAGACGAUGUUUAUUCAAAUAUAACUCGGCAGGCGCUUUUACUCUUCUGGUGGACAAAGGAAUACGUUGGCUCAAGUAUCGAUGUGCGAUUCAGUGAGACGCAGUCUAUUCAAGUAUAACUCUACCGUGGUCAAGCGCUUUUACCCUCCUGGUGGACAAAGGAAUACGUUGGCUCAACCGAUGAAGUUAAAUGAAACCGCCGCUGGGAGAAUUAUAACAAGAUCGAGAGGCUAAACACGAAUUCAACAAGCGUCAUUUGAUAUCAUUCGUAUAUCAAUGUAUUUAUGUAUGCACAUGCAUUUGGUGCGUAAGUAUGCGGUGAAUUCACACGUUUGCUUCGUAUUUCGCUUUUCAAACCAAUCAAAAUGCUUUAACUUCAUUUAUUUUAUCACAGAAUUCGGGUAUAGUAAUUGUCGAACGCCAAAUGUAUCGACCAUUCACGCUAAAUCGAUCUGUAUUUCAAUGUCAAUUUUAUUACCAUCUUGAGGUUAUUAAUAACUCUUUCUCGACAUGUGACAUUUUUCACGGCAAGCAAUAUUUUGAUUCAACUGUUUUAUAACGUAAAUAUUUCAGUGCGUAUUCACCCCCCUUAAAAACAAAGAACACCAUUGAAAUCUUAACAAAAUAAGCUUUUCAUCGGGGGGUCUAAUGCCGUCAAAACAAAUACACAAACCGAAACAAUCAUAUAUUUACUCACCGCUUGGCCAAACAUUCUGUAUUUUCAUAUGGAGAAAAUGUUGAAUAUUUUCUAAACUCUUCAGUAUUCGCCGCAAGUUAAUGUUAGUGAAAUAUUCCUUGUAUUCAAGCGCUUUUAUGUAGAAAGUUUCGUUUGAAUACGGCGAGGAGAAAUGUUUAUUUUGUUUUUUUCAAAAUAUCGGGUUUCAUCGGGUUUUUACUCGCACGCGCGUGCUGCACGUAAAAUUGGCCAAUAAGGGGUCUCCCGUAGCCCAGUGCACGUGAAAAGCACGCUUCAGAUGUAAUUUGACCUUUAGAAUCGAUUUCCGAUGUUUUCCGAACGCUAGGAUGUAAACACGCGAUGUUUUGGCAGAUCUAAAAUGUAUUUCCGGUUAAAAAUAUCCCGCUGAUUUCAUUAGUUUCGCAACAGAUUGAAAUACCGAAAUAAAAGACGAAAAACUAAGGCUACAAGCUUGAAAAUAACACUUUCAAUAGUGUUUUUGAUUCUGUUUCGAAUAAGACUAUAGCGAAAACGAUAUCUCAAAAGGGGCCGAAGUUAUGUUCGGCAAAAGGUAUUGAUAGUUUACAUUGUUCGAGACAAUUGAUUAAUAUAAUGAAAUAUGACACCGCUUGACCUGUCGAAAGGUCAUAAAUUGUUAUACAAUUUCACUGAAAUUAUAUUUGACUAAAACUAUCGACAGGUAUUAGGAGAUAUUGUUUCACUGAAUCGAAUGGCGGUAUUUUCAUCUACAUAGCAUGCACCCAACUGACGAUAUGACCCUGCAAAGUCGUAAAUCAUGAGUGAUUUACUUAAUAGGGACCUGUCGGGAAAGAGGACCGGCCAGAUUGGGCCUCUGAUUCGGGAAUUGGGUUUCAAUAAAGUGUCACAUUAAACUGUAUUCAAUCAUUCAAAAGUAGAUUAUAUAAAACUUCCUUUCUAGCUAUUUCAAGGCACUCUUUAAUAAAACAAACACUUAAUUAUUUGGCCCGUAUACAUUAUCAAUACUUUACUGGGCACAACAUAGGAAAUCAAGUUCAUGUGUGAGAGGGAUAGUCUGUGCACAGACUAGAGAAAUUUAGGAUCUACUUUAUCUACAUUUGUGAUAAAUCGGCAAGUUGGAUGUCAUGAAAGAUUGGUAUAUACGUACAGUGUAUGGUAUGUCGCUACUCAUGAAAAUUCAUUUUAGUGUCUUAUCACUAUACUGCAUGAUCUUUAGUCUACCAAAUACAUAUUCUUACAAUUUCUGCUAUUCUCAUGCAUGCAUGAUUGCAUGUUCAAUCACAAAACUGUGGUUUAAUAUAAACACCUGAAUUGCAUUUUGAAUUUUUGACCCUGCUAUUUUAAAAUAUUGAACAAGCUAUUUUUCUGAGAUUAAAGAGUCACAUACAUAAUUCGAGAAUUAUAUUGUGUCAAGUUCCACCAAUCAUAAUUCAAAUAAAAUAAGUGGAGUUAACAAAUACAUGUUGCAAAAUUGUCAACGAGCACCUUGACAUUAAAAAUAAAUAAAUCGUAAAAAAAAAAAAAAUGAUGGUGAGCUUUGUUUGUCGUGUUACCAACCCUCCAAUCACGCACUUGUAAGAUAGAAGUUUUGUGGGGAAGCUGCUGGUUGUCUUGGCCCCAUCCAGGUUUCCUGUAAAGAUAUUGCAGGUUUUUCCUGGCCUCCCUGAUGUUCCAGCUGUAGUAUGAGUGAUGGUAAUACUCAAAUAUAUGUCUUACGAUCAAAUGUGUAGUUUUAAAGAAAAAAUUGCAUAUAACAUGAUUUUAAUCAAUUAAUUAUUUAAAGUGUGUCGAAAGAGAAAUAUAGACGAUAUGUCUUCGAAAAGCACAAAGACCAUCUGUCAGAAGCUGUCUUCUAUACGAUUACAGUUGUGGUGGGAGUUGGGUUUUUUCGUCUAUGGGGAAUACACAUGCUGUGUAUUUGUGGGGAUGGAGUGCUCCCAAAGGUCACCCUCAACCCCAUAGACUCACACAAAUCAAUGUAUUAUACAGUGUAUUGUAAAGUAAACAAUGACCAUCACGGGGAUCUACUAUCCCUUGGACAUUAAAGUAAACAAUGACCAUCACGGGGAUCUACUACCCCUUGGACAUUAAAGUAAACAAUGACCAUCACGGGGAUCUACUACCCCUUGGACAUUUAGGAUGCCCAUCACGGGGAUCUACUACCCCUUGGGUAAAGUCCAACAUGGGGGAACCACAACCCCCUGAGGACAUAUAGUUAUAUCAUAAUCAUAUUGCUGUAAUAGUGAGUGUGUGGGGCGACACUUUGGCCACAGUAUAAAGUAUAAUCGGAGCAUUUCUCCUCGACAACCCUUCUCCCACAACAUUGUGUGUGUGUCAUAGUUGUUUUCUUAAUUGUCCUAGAAUAUUUGCUUAACGAAUUGGUGCAAUAAAGCAAGUUUAUACAUGCCCAUAGCAUUAUAAACUUAAGUUAAUGAAACAAGCGUUAGGACAAGAGUAAAGUUGUGCAAAGUCUCCUGCAGUACAAAGGUCUGGUACAAAGGUCAAUCUGUGAAUCGUGUGAUCAUACACGUGCAAAGCGCAAGGCUGAAUUAACAACAAACCAUUGUCAAAUCUCUUCCCAUGCUGUGCGGGAAAAUAGACCAAUCAGGUUUCACCUCUUCGUCUGCAUAGUUUCCUGCUUGGAUCAGUAAGCCUCAUUGUGUCACUUGCAAGCAAAAUUGUAUGACCUCUGCGGCAAAGUACUUCGAAAUUACCACCCAUCCCACCCUUCAAGGAUUUUGCACCACUAUAUCAUAACUUGUAUCACAUAAUAAAUAAGAAUCUGUAAAUAUUGUUUCGAUAUGCAAUCCGGCAUCAAGAUUCACAUGAAAUGCAAUUCAUGUAGUGUUGUAGAUAAAGUAUUAUGGAGUAGUUACUGGUUAAUAUGUUAUUACAGGCACAUAUAUAUGUUGUAAUAUACAGUAUUGGAAUUGACUUUGCAAGUCUGGUUGUAAAAAUAAAAAUAUUUGGUUGUUUGGGGAUGGAGUGCUCCCAAAGGUCACCCUCAACCCCAUAGACUCACACAAAUCAAUGUAUUAUACAGUGUAUUGCAUAGUAAACAAUGACCAUCACGGGGAUCUACUACCCCUUGGACAUUAAAGUAAACAAUGACCAUCACGGGGAUCUACUACCCCUUGGACAUUAAAGUAAGCAAUGACCAUCACGGGGAUCUACUACCCCUUGGACAUUUAGGAUGCCCAUCUCGGGGAUCUACUACCCCUUGGGUAAAGUCCAACAUGGGGGAACUACGACCCCCUGAGGACAUAUAAUUAUAUCAUAAUCAUAUUGCUGUAAUAGUGAGUCUGUGGGGCGACACUUUGGCCACAGUUUAAAGUAUAAUCGGAGCAUUUCUCCUCGACAACCCUUCUCCCACCACAUUGUGUGUGUCAUAGUUGUUUUCUUAAUUGUCUUAGAAUAUUUGCUUAACGAAUUGGUGCAUUAAUCUACAUUAUAAGUACCCAAAGAGGCUACAUAUAUAAAAAACCGGAUACAAAUAGCUGUUUUGCGAAAUUGGGAGCAAUUUUAAAUCUGUUCAGUUUUUUUUUAUACACCCUGUAGUGAAGCUUUUCACUUCAGUAUUGUAUUCACAGGCUUGCAAGAUUUUGCAUUUUUGAGCAGCUAGCACAUUUGCUUAAAAGAACACUGGAUGAACAGCGGACAACAUCACAGGGAUUCUACCGCCUUUCGGGCCUCUAAUAUACGAUAGCCAGUGACAUUCCCUGGCAAAAUCCCCCCCCCCCUGACAAAAUGUGGGCUUAAGAUAUGUACAAGUUUAUAAGUUAUUUAUACAUAUCUAACGUGCAUGGUAGAAAAGUAUUUUUGGAUGGUUGAGUCUCUGUGCGUUUUUUAUAACAUAGCUCCAAACUAUUAAAACUUCAAAGGCCUAUCUACAGGAUGCAAGUUUAACGUACUGUAUAUACGACUGUAAGAUGUGUAUAUAGGGACUGUAAGUGUUCCUUAGGCUUAGUACAGCAAAGUUGUCGUGGACGAAUCCAUGGCUGAAAACGCAGGAAUAACAUUUCCGAGGUUCAAAUUUUAAAAUUUUCUUGGGGGAGCAUGCCCCAGCCCCCCCCCUAAGGUUAUGGGUCAUUUAUAUACUGUACCAUCCCCCCAUUUUCGAGUAUUCUAUUCUAUCCCUGCAUGUUUUAGGGUUUGGUGCAGUUAUACAUUUUUUGUAAGUAAACUUGCACGCUUUAGUGUGGGGAACAUUAAGACAUAACCAUAGAAAAUAAAGCGCAGUGAAAAUUCCUUGGCCUUUCUUGGGUUUUCUCGGCCUCCUCUGACUGAAAACCCAGCUACUCUCUGACGAUAGCUAUAUGAAAGCCUUGAGUUACUGUAAGCCGUUAUUAUGAGAGGCAAAAAAAUAUCCUGCCGUGAAAUAUACUGGGGAAAAAAUAUCUUGCACUGCACUUUUAUAGGAAAAAAAUACCUGUCUUGUUCACCUGGGCGGACAAAAAAUUAUUGCACAGUCUGAAUCUUCCAACCCCCACCCCCUUCCCACAGUCUGAAUCUUCCAACCCCCUCCCCCCUCAAAAGUCAAAUGGUCCGCCCCUAAGGGUCUGUUUUCCAGUUAUGCGACAGAAACAAAUCACAGAAACAAAUCAUGCAUGCAGGACUGGUAUUUAUUUAUUUUAUCUCUACUUGGCAUGAAAAACAUGAUAUUCAAUAGCUAAAAGCCUGAUCUUUCUGAGUAUGAUAUAUUUACAUUAAUAGUGUAAUGUUAUGGUGUUGGUGAUGGCAAGAAAAUGAAACAGGUGUUAUUUUAAAAGUUGGAUUAUUAAUAAUCCAUCUUUUAAAUAACACCAACAUUAUUGGCUGCCACCACCAAUACCAUCGCACUACUAUAAAUUUUAUAUUCUCCUUCAUCAAUUGCUUUAGUAAUUUUAUUAGUUAGUUCACUAAUUGCAAGCUCUGUUGAUCUAUUUUCUCUAAAGAUAGUAUUUCUUUUUUGCUUUUUUUAUUACAUGAUGUUCGUAUUUGUUUUCAUUGUUUGCAGCAGGAUGGUGUAAAUAUUUCUUAUAUAACUUAUUCUUUUUAAUAACUGAUUUUGCAAUGCAUUAUGUCAUCCAUGGACGUUUCUUGUCAUCCAUGAACUUUUCUUGUCAAUUUUCCUUUUUGUAAGGUUUUUUUGUUAAUGAGAAGUUACUUUCGUAGAUUGGUGAAAAUAAGUGAAAGAACUCAUUGUAUGACUCUGUGCUGUUGUUACUAUAGGAAGCACGUUUUUCCAUGACAUAUUUUUAAUAGUAUUACACUUUUUUGUAAAUAAAUUAUUUUGCUGGUGGGGUUACAUGUCGCGUUUUUAAGUUACGUAGCGGCAUAAACUAUGGGUAAGUGGGCUGAGAUAUCACAAAAUAAUAUCCCAUUUGUGCUGUCUUCUAUAUUUUCAAUAUCAUUAGUAAACAUGUUAUCAAUUAAUGUGGCAGUGUGUUGUGUGAUUCUUGUUGGUCUUAAUAUAAGUGGGAAAAAUGAAGACGUAAGCGUUUGUUCUAGGAAUUUGCUAAUAUAUAAAUCACAAGAUUCUGAUUUCAAGAGAUCUAUAUUAAUUAAUAAAAUCCCCCAUGAGCUGGCCUAUCUUAUUUUAUUUGUCUAUUUUGCCUAGUAUCUGAUUCAUUAUAUUUUCAAACGAAUCAAUUUUAUUAUUUGGCGGUCUGUAUAUUACCCCUAUUAGUACGUUUCACCAACAGCUGUAAUGAGUUCUAUGAAUAUGGUUUCAAUUGUAGUUUACCGCUACGAUUCAUGAUGAUAAAUACAGUAGUUUUCAAGUUGGAAAAGGUCCUCAUUAUCAUUUAGCCACGUCUCAGUUAAACCUAUUAUGUCUAAUGGUAUAUUUAAUUAAUGAUUUGGUUAACUCCUUCAAAGAGUCAAAUUCAUUAACUAUGCUUCUUGUAUUUAAGUGUAACAUCGAAAAGCUUUCGUUGAGAUUCGCCUUGUUGGUAAAUUUAUUGAAAUCAUUUGGUAAAUAAUAUUCACAGUUGUUUAUUAUUGUUUUUCUAUAUUUGCGUUUUCUUCAGAUUGUGCAAUAUUAUUAAAACGAGUGUCGAAAGGGUUAAAUUUCAAAUGCCUUAGCCUAUCCAUAUCGUUUUCACUGAUAUUUUUCUGUUUAAUUAAAACGGUAAAUUCAUACUCUAAAUCGUCAAGUGUGUGGUAGUAUCAGAUAAGCAAUUUUGACACAUGUCAAUAGUGUUAUUUGUAUUGGAGUCAAAUAACAUUGCGCAAGCAUGAGACACAGCGCGAAACAAUUUUUCACAUGUGAGACAUUCAAUAUAUUUUUGUGUUUCUUGAAUUAUUUUGAAGCAGGAAUAGCAUUUUUUCUUGUGCUUAUUUUUAUGAGUAGCCAUUUAGAAAGUUUAAUUUUGUCUAAUGUUAACUUAGAUUUUCAAAACACACAAUAUACAUGACAUUAGUAUUAAGUGAGUGUCUGUAUUAAUUAACGUGUAAAAGUAUUAUUAAUAUCAACAUUAUUAUUAUUAAUAAUCAAUUUAUCCUUAACAAUUCUUGAUUGUUUUCCCGCAGUUCUUGCCUUCUCUCUUACGGCCAAUUCGAUGAGAUCGGUCAAUCUUGACAUGCUUACGUGCGUAUUCUAUUUGAACGAUUUCUAUCUUUUGCUUUAAGAGAUCAUGUAUAAUUUCUGUUGUAUUCUCCUUCUCGUGUUCGGGUAUGUUGAAGAACAACAGGUUGUCGCGCAUGGACCUCGCUUGUAAGUCUAUUAUCUUGUUGCGCAUAGACUGUAUAUUAGCAUUAUCCCAUGUCAAUAGCAAUAUAAUUUCGUUUUGGAAAGUGAUUAACCGUGAUUUUGUAUAAAUUUUAUUGAUAUUGUAUUGAUUUAACUCAUAAAAUAUGCUUCGCAAGUCAAAUGUUAUAUUUAUAUCAUGAUUAUCGCGGAUAUUAUAUAUUUAACACAUGAAUUUAUUCAUCGGCAUCAUCGCACCUUGAAACUACACACUUGACUUGUUAGUGAUACUGAUAUCAUGUGUCAAUACAAUAGCAAUAUAAUUUCGUUUUGGGAAGUGAUUCUGUAUCGAUUUAAUUGUAUUGUAUCGAUUUAACUCAUAAAAUAUUCUUCGCAACUCAAUUGUUAGGCUAUAAUUAUUUACAAACAGGCAAUAGCCGCGCAUAUUAUAUAUUUAACUCAUGAAUUUAUUCAUCGCACUCGAUCUUUCUCGAGUAUCGAAGCGAGAUUCAAACGGAAGUGAGAAAGGCCUCUAAAGUGAUUCUGCGAUUCGUCGACCAACACGACCACCAAUUAACAUGCUCUAGCCAUGACGUUAGACCUUGCAAACGGUGCGACCUAACAGCAAAUCUCCUGAAAAUUCUUCGUGAACUAAAAGGAUCGUAGAUAAUGCUUUGAUCUUACCUUAAAUGAAUGACUUCACAAGAAGAUAUAAUUCUUAAAAAUCGCAAUAUUUGCUAAAUACUUGCCAACUUGUAAGUUUCGCCCUCGUGCUAAAUCUUGGCAAGUCCCGAAGAGCAGCCGGUAGCUUCCGUAAAGAUCCGUCGAAUCUUCUACGUCAUAAAACUGAACGUUCAAAUCAUUGUCGCAUUCAUAUAGCUCGGUAAAGAAGUCUGGGAACAAAUCACAAGAAUAGGGAGCUGCCUGCGGCAUGAAGCAAUUAAUAGUUGUAAGAUUCGAUGUUUAUACCGUUAAAAUGUGAAUUUUAAGUUACACACUAAGGCCGCAUUUACACUAUGACGCUACGGCAAAUUUACCGUAGCGCAGUGAUUUGCAUCCGCAGAGCAGAACUAUGACGCUACGGCAAACCACUCCGUUAUAGUGAAAACACAAUACUGAGAAACGUCGUGAAUUUUUAACGAAAUUGAUUUGUAUUCAGUGUGGCAAAUGUGGUGGUCCGUAGUUAGCACGCUACGGCAAACCACUCCGUUAUAGCGUAAACACAAUAUAGUCUCAAUACUGGAAACGUAGUGAAUUUUUAACGGAGUGUUAGCCGUAGCGUCAUAGUGUAAACGCGGCCUAAAGCACAAAGAGUGAAGGUAACUCGUGCACAAGUUCUAGAUAUAAAAAUAAUCCUCCUCGCGUUGAUAACAGUCUUUUCCGCGGUAGAUCGUCUAAUUAACCCGAGCAUUUGGUUUGAUUUCGACCGCACUUGUUCAUUUGAUCGUUCCAUAAUAGCUUAUAGAACUAAUGAUAAUACCUAUAUGUCAACCUCAUUUUCCAUUUGUCCAUAGGUCCAAUCUGUAAUAAUGUGCGAGAUACAGCCAUAAUGUAUGGUGAGUUGUGUGAAUUUUAAAAUACACUGCCGUGCUUUGUACCUGAACUAUACCUGAAAUAUAUUAACAACACGCGGUGGGUAGCACCGACGAGAGAUGCUUUUCUUUGGUAAACAUUUUGCUGAUCCCCAACCAUUAGAAAGUCAAGAAAGUUUUACCCAACUUCAAAUGGCAAUUAAAAAAUAAAUACCCACUCCUGGCCAAACGUUUUACGAAAGGAUAGCAUUCGGAAUUCAGAUGUCACACAUGUCCUUUACCACUUCUGUUACAUGAGUUUAAAAUAACUGCUUAUGCAAUUUUUUGCAGUCUAAAGUUUCAUGUUGUCUGCAGAUGUACUUUCUUUGGUGACUCUAUUUGCCUCCUGACCGAAAUCGGAAAAUGAUCAAGAUAGUGACUCUGAUCAUAGACAAUCCAAAAGACAUGUCUUGGAUUGUCUAUGGCACUAUGCUCUGAUUGAUUUACAUAUUGUAUUGACCUAUAUCAUGACUCAUGACAUUGAAUGAGUCACGAUUUGGAAUUGACAAUACAUUUUUAUUACCGAACCCUUGGCUUGGGUUGUUUUGUUUUUCAUUUAUCCGACCUUUACCACCCCCCUCCCCUAAAUAUUGACCAGUCUCUAGUACGUUAACUCUAUUCUAACAUAUCCUCAGAGAUAUAAAAAAACUAAUUCUAUACCCAUUGAGCUAUCGAAUCAACGGGGAUUGGUAUAGCGAGUCUUAUCCAAUUUACUCGCACGAAAUGUUUUCGCGCCGUCUUGAAGCUUGUCUUGGAGAACACGCGAUGUUUUAAUAUUACAGAACUAUCCUUAUAUAUAAAAAUGUUGUUUCAUAUUUAUCUGACACGGCAGACAUACAGCAUAGUGGUUCGCUUCAAAUGUCGUUCAAGUGUUUUAAUAUUUUUCAAGUCGUUCAUAAACAAGUGUUUUAACAAUUUUUCAAGACCAUUGCGUUCGAGAUAUCUUUUUGCAGGUUGUUCACACACAAACCACGGCAGCUUAUUACAUUUUGGAAUACCACUCCUCCGCAGAGGCUUUUAUAUAUGUGUUGAGGUUUUGAGCAUUUUUACCAGUCUCACGUCCAAUGUGUACGGACGCGCUCUCUCAAUCGCUACGCAAACUUCAUGUAAGACUGAUUAAAAAUGCUCACAACUCUAUAAGACUUAUAUAAAAGCUGAGGAGAGUGGUAGAAUACUACCUGCCCUGGACCACCACGUUUGAGUUAUCUUUUUCAGGUAAUUCAGACACAAACCACGCCAGCUUGUUGUAAAAUUACACUAACAUUGGACCACCACGUACGUUUUAUUUAUUAAUGGGAAACUUUUAUUUUUCCAGCUUUGCUUUCUGGUCGGGAUCCUGAAUAUCCAGCCGGUAUGUUAAUUAUUCAUAUUUGGACCAACUUCAACAAAUAAAAAAUAUUGUCCAUAUUCCCAUGAAAAUUUGGUGUUUGGUGAAAGCAUUUGGCAAGUUUCACUCUAAUAACAGAUAUACAAUAUAUUUUUACACAACACACCACUAUAUGAUAUAUGUUGUGCAUCGUGUAAGGAUUUACAUCAACGUUGAUAUUGAUUAUAGGCCUAUUAUAUUAGCCAAGUGAACGUUAUUUUAAUAUUUUGUGUGACCUCCUUUUGAUUUCAAAACAGCUUCAACUCUUCCAGGCAUAGAUUUAAUAAGUUUUCUUAGUAUUGAUGGUUUAAGAUUAUUCCAGCAUUAUUGAUUAACAACAUUCCUUAGGUUGGUUGUCUUUGCUUCUGGGAUUAUGUUUCAUUUUCUCUCGCUUGAAAAGUCUCCAUAAAUUGUCAGUAGAAUUUAGGAUUUUAGGUCUGGAGGUUGAGGAGGAACAAUCAGAUCACCAUUCUCUAUAGUCCCUAGUUAUUAAAUAUUUUUUACAAAACAAAAAUAUCACUCCCUCCUUCAAAGACAAGCCAGUACCAUCUUAACAGGCUGUUUCUGUAAGAAUCGACCAGUGAUUCUCAAAUUGAACAUCACCCAUGCCCAUAUUUUUGUCAUUUGUUAGGCUUAGUAAGCACACCAUGGAAUCAUGCUCAGAAUUUUUAACUUCUGUAUUUUCCUGAGAUUUUUAUGAUUUUCUGCUUACCCCAAACGAUAGCGGUUUUUACGCUUCACUCGACGCGUAAAAGACACUUUUAUACUGUCUUAUUGCACAGUCGCGUGAACGAUUUUAUGAAUUAUUUUGAUAUGUUUUUAAAAUUCAAUGUUUCAACUUCACGUUACCGAUUUUAUUUGGUACGAACCGCAUUUAAUUUAAUCCAUAGUUAAUUAACUAUGCUUAAUCAGAGUAUGCUUUUGAGCUGUUGCCCGUUAUCUGGUGUGCUAUUAAAAUUAGCUUAUUGCAAAAUCGUUUUAUUCAAAAGUGGCACCACUUACUAACUCUACCUCAGAUUAGUUUGAAGGUACUUACGGUGUACUAUAUAGUCUUGUCGAAAAACGUUUGUGGGGAAAUAAUUCGAAAAUAUUUUAAUCACCACGGCUUUAUCCAAGCACUUUUUGCUGACCCUCGUUUUAGAAAAAAAAAAUUCAGUUUUUGUGACGCACGAAUGUAUAGCAAAAGGGCAAAGUCCCUGAAAGCUUUUGCCAUUUCAGCAUCUUAGCUAGACUAUGUUGCCGCCACGUUGCUCGGAUGUAACUGCAUGGUUUAUGAAUGAUGUAAUCUUAUAUGUAAACAUUGUGCAAUACCAAAGAGGCCAAGCAUUGAUGUUGUAGUAUUCAAGUGUAUUUUUUUGCGUUUUUUUCACUCUUCCAGCUCAAGGUUGUGUAAAUUUUAGAUUUUAGUCCACAAAAUUUACUCUCUAUUUGUAAUAUCUGUUAUUCUUCGAUCAUCCCAUUUCAUUUUUUUUGUAAUUUGAUUUAAAAUUUUUAUCAGAAAUCCAAACAUGCAUGCCAUCUAAGCAUGGUGGGACAAGACACAAAAUAUACGAUAGAGGUAGCUUUACAAUCGACGUAAACAUGUUGUUUUAUUUGGAAAGAAAACCAACUCAAAUAACCCUGUUUCUCGGGAUUCCGAGUGUGAAAAUGAUUUUUGUUGUUUUUUCUUUUCGUUGGGGGAAAGAUUCUGUUCAAAAACUCAAUUCAAGAUUGACUUUUGACCUCCGUUUACCGGUGGUCAGUUGGUACGUGCUUGGAUAAAGCCCUGAAUUCGCGGCACACAAAGUUUUACAAUUUUCACCCAAAUUAGGCCGAAACCGAAAAUGACAAACCAGACAACAAAAAUGACCCUUUAUCGUUAUUUAUAGCAAUUAGCAAAUAUAUCCUCUGGUAUAUACAAUGUGUUUUAUUUUCCAAAAUAAAACACUUUUAAAUGUUUAUGAAUAAUAUUUUAAUCGGAAUAAUAAGAUUAAACAUUUCUUAGGCUGCUUAUAUUGGAGCGACUGACCUGCUAACGGCGUGAAUGUCUUGAUAAACAACAAUACAAUAAUCUUUGUCUUUGCCCACUCUGGUCCACUCGUGUGCGAAAAAUUUAAAUGUGGUUGUAAACAAACUAUAAAUAUUUGGUCAUUUUUGGUUACCUCUAUAUUCUUAUCGCAAAUAUAUCUGAGGAAUUAAUUCGAAAAUAUUUUAAUUGUGGCAUAAAAGUUAUAAAUAAAAUUUACGUACUAUGUUCAGUUUUUCGCCCAAAAACCGGAAGUGAAGAGCCAAAUUUAUAUCUAAAAGAGUAAAAUCAUUAUUUCAUUCAGAGAGCGAGACUAGGGCACUCACCUCUUCCAAAGUUGUGGGGGGGACGUUAUUAGUUUACUUCGAGUAUGUCGGUUUCGCUCACAUGCAACUAGAACUACAAUUUUAUUUCUACACAACAUAAUUAUGCAAUGCUUAGUCAGUUCUAUACUUAUAUAGUUACACAAUUUCAACCGAGAUUUCAGCUUAUUAAGUGGCGACUACUUUAAUUAUGGCAUAAUUGUACCAAGCAGUUAAAUAUUCAUAACUCUAUAAACUAUCACUGCAUGUCUUUACGUAUAUAUAAUGUCACCAUGCAGUUUUUCAUCGCUUCUCGAGCAACAUUCACUAUAUCAUUUCUCCAACUUUCAGAAUAAGGUUAGAUUUGCGAUCUCUUGACUUGAGUGGUAUCUCGAAAUGCCCACAUAUAACUUUUAACAUGCUGAUAUUCAAUAGGCGAAGUUUAUCAUUUUUGUAGUACUGACACAAAUCAUAAAUAUCAUAGAUGAUAGGAUGCUGAAUUCCUAUUUGACCAACAAUGUCGUUUAUUUGGCAAACUUUCUCCUCAGUUUCAACUUCUGAAUCAUCUACGUCUUCCGUUGGGGCAACAUGCCAUCUUUCAUCCUCCGCCCCCAUUUCUUUCCUUUUUUUCUAGCAACAUCAAGACGAGAAAAAAAAGCUUUUGAUUUGGUUUGAUGUCAACCAUUCCUCGCGAGUAAAUCGUCUCUCAUUGUUUUCAUUCCUAUACACUUACGCAUAUCAGCUUCUAUACAUCACUCGAGGUAAACUUGCAGCCAGUUAGCUCACCAAUAUCAAAUUUUGCUGUCAAAUAAUUGCGGACAUUCGUGCUGAACCGGGAAGAUGUACUGGGCUUGCUUAGAGCCCAGCCUAUGAAUGAUAUCAAUAGUUUGAAAUUUUUCGACUCAUUUUUUUCUCAAGCUGUCGUACAAUGUCUCGUUUUUAAGAGUAUUGGUACGUGUGGUGUGCCGCACUGAGAUGAAUUUCCAGAUUUUCAAAACAUUUGAAGACUUUAUCGCAUCCUGGAUCGGUACACUCGAUUGAUUCGUCGUCUCUGCCAUUUGUUUCUCUUCUUCCAUAUAUGGCUGUCACAUUAAAUUAAAACAAUCCAUCGUCUUCCUGAAUGUCUGUCUAUAGUUCUCGGUUUUUUAACGACAACAUCUGAGAAAGGAAUGAAUUUUUCCUUUCCCGAUACCAUAUAUGCUUUCCUGACUCUAAGACCCUGAUCUUCUAUCUCAAAGUUAUGAAAACUGUUAAAGUUUUUAUAGGUUUUACCUCAGCUGACAUUUUUGACUUGUCUAUUUUGUUUACCGAAGCAGUAACUCCACUGACGGGGCCCUCGACUUGUGCUCUCUUCAUGUCUUUUGCACUCAAAAUAUCAUGGCCUUCGUUGCAAUAGCUCCUAAUAGCUAGUUUCAUUGGGCAUAAUGUGCGGUCACACAUGUCCUUGCCGUGUUGUGGUUCAGAGUAGUCGUAACUGACAACCUUUACCCCGACUCUGUUCCCGAUAUCUUUUAAUGAUGCUAUUAAUAAAUUGUUAUGAUAACAUCCGGCUUCGUCUGACCGUAUAUAAACAUUUCUUAUACCUUGGUAUUUAUACAUGAACUUGCGGUUAGAGCUCGACAAUUGGACUUUGUAGCUAUGGGACCGGUUGUACGAUGACCGGAUAGCGCUAUCCACCCGAUAGUGAUUUUUCAAGCUUUGUUAAAUUAGCGUUGGUUGUAAGUUUAGUAUUUAUAGGUUAAAUAUUUUUUAUGCUUCUUGUGUCGUCUAUAUCCGUAGUUUCACAGUUUUUCAAGCAUUUUACAAAGGUUGAAAAAAUCACUAUCUGGUGGAUAGCGCUGUCCGACCUUCGUACACCCCAGUUGGUUAGAGCGCUGCACCGAAUUGCAAUGCCGCUGGUUCGAUUCCUGCCAGAGGGUCUAUAGUUGCAUUUUUCAGCUGCUCCUGGUUAAGUUUUUAAAGAAUGUAUAAAAUUUACAAAGGGCAUAAGGUCUCAUUAAAUAUAACACAGGUUUGCAAUUCGUUUCAUUCAGUGGCCGCGGAAGCAUUUCAAAAUGGGGGGAGGGCAUUGGCCAAAAGGGGCACUUUUGUAUAUGAUCAAAAUCAAACGAUUUUAUGUCGUUCACGAGCCGGACGAAAAUUUUUGAAAAUAUGGAGUCUCUAUAACGUUGGAAAUGGCCUUUAUAGAGCCUUUACUCUGCAAAAGGGGCACUUUCUUUCCAGCAAAAGAAGGCUUUUAUUCGGGAAAUACUUUUUUCGUUCUGUAAAUGGGGCACUUUAGCCCAGAAAAAAGGACACUUUUUUCACUUUUAAAAAAAGUGGGGGGGGGCAUAUGCCCCCAUUGCCCCCCGGUUCCGCGGCCCCUGGUUUCAUUGUGUUGAGAAGAAUAUCUUAUUUCAAAAUGUGGAAAUGAGUCAAAAUAAUUGAAGUUGAUUUAUAUGUAUAGGUAUGAUUCAACCAGACCAUGCGACUUUGGAAGGAUUUGAAAACUUGGAUUUAUCUGAUUUGACUCUGGGAGUGGACUGGGCUUUUGCGCAG